CUGGGGACCCUUUGCUGAAAACAAAUAUAUAUGCAUUUAUGUUGAAUGAUAAAUAUUAAAUGUCUGGGUUCCCGUUCUUCGUGUUUCUGUAUCUCACAUAAUAAAUGUCCGUACUAAUAUUCAGUUCUGUUCACAAACGCGGGGAAGCUUUUUUCCGGGGACGACGGUGCGGUGGGACUUGUAUUUUUUUUUCGGACGCUAGCGUAAAUUCGCCGCAAUGGCGGAGGGAACGGCAGCUGCUGUUGGAGCUGGUCUCGAUGUAAACACAGCUGGAAACCCAACAGAAAUCGCCAUGGCUUAUUUACAGGACGAGAAGACCGAGGGAGACAUCGCCAACCUCAACCUGGGAGAACUGGACCUCACCACUGAUGAAUACAUCUUGGACGAAGUGGACAUUCACAUCCAGGCCAACCUGGAGGAUGACCUUGUUAAAGAGGCGCUCAAAACGGGCGUAGACCUCAGGCAGUACUCCAAACAGGUGGAGGCAGAGCUGCAGAGGAUCGAACAGGCCUCCAUCAAAGACUACAUCAAGGAGAGUCAGAACAUCGCUCUUCUUCACAACCAGAUCACCGCCUGUGACUCCAUACUAGAGCGUAUGGAGGGAAUGCUGAGCGGCUUCCAGAGCGACCUGUCCUCCAUCAGCAGCGAGAUCCAGACUCUGCAGCAGCAGUCAGUCAGCAUGAACGUCCGGCUGAAGAACAGGCAGGCCGUACGCAGCCACCUCAGCCAGCUGGUGGACGAGUUGGUGGUGCCGGGAACCAUGAUCUCCACCAUCCUGGACAGUCCUGUGACGGAGCAGGAGUUUCUGGAGCAGCUCCACGAACUCAACAACAAGAUCAACUUUGCCAAAGAGCUGAGCUUCAGAGAGACGCUGGCCUGCUCCGACAUACAGGACAUUGUCGACCGCCUCAAACUCAAGGCAGUAUCGAAGAUCCGGGAGUUCAUUCUUCAGAAGAUCUACUCCUUCAGGAAGCCAAUGACCAACUACCAGAUACCACAGAACACUCUGCUGAAAUACAGAUUUUUCUACCAGUUCCUUUUGGCCAACGAGAGGACGGUCGCAAAAGAGAUACGUGACGAGUACGUGGACACGAUGAGCAAAAUCUACUACAGCUACUUCAAGUCGUACAGCGGCAGGCUGCUCAAAGUGCAGUACGAGGAGGUGGCAGACAAAGACGACCUGAUGGGGGUAGAGGACACAGCCAAGAAAGGUUUCUUCUCCAAACCGUCUCUGAAGAGCAGGAACACCAUCUUCACUCUGGGCCAGAGGGGGGCCAUACUGAGUCCGGCUGAGCUGGAGGGGCCCAUCCUGGUUCCACACACAGCUCAGAGAGGAGACAGCAGGUAUCCCUAUGAGACGCUGUUCCGCAGUCAGCACUACGCUCUGCUGGACAACGGCUGCAGAGAAUACCUCUUCCUGUCAGACUUCUUUAUGGUGGCAGGAAACUCUGCCCUCGACCUCUUCAACAGCAUCAUGGGAAAAACUCUCAGCAUGUUCCUGAAAAGUAUGUCCACGUAUGUGUCCGACUGCUACGACAGCAUCGCCAUCUUCCUGUGCAUCCACAUCAUCCUCAGGUUCAGAGCCAUCACCGCCAAGAGGAACAUCCCCGCUCUCGACAAGUACUGGGAGGCGGUGUUGGAGCUGCUGUGGCCGAGGUUUGAGCUGAUCCUGGAGAUGAACAUCCACAGCAUCAGAAACACAGACCCUCAGAAACUGGGAGUGCUGGACACCAGACCACACUACAUCACUCGUCGAUACGCAGAGUUCUCGUCAGCCAUCGUCAGCAUCAAUCAGACAUUUCCCAAUGAGAGAACCAACACUCUGCUGGGACAGCUGCAGGUUGAGGUGGAAAACUUUGUGCUGAAGAUGGCAGCGGAGUUUCCCUCCAGAAGAGAUCAGCUGAUCUUCCUCAUCAACAACUACGACAUGAUGCUCGGUGUCCUGAUGGAGAGGGCAGCAGAUGACAGUAAAGAGGUGGAGGGUUUUCAGCAGCUGCUCCUGGCCAGAACACAGGAGUUUAUCGAGGAGAUUUUAUCUCCCCCCUUCGGAGGGAUGAUUGCUUUUGUGAAGGAGGCCGAGGCGUUGAUGGAGAAAGGGCAGCUGGACCGACUGAAGAAUGAGGAAGCUCGGAUCACUCAGCUGGUUCGGGGGUUUUCCAGUACGUGGAAACAGUCGGUGGAGUCCAUGAGUCAGGACGUCAUGAGGUCUUUCACCAACUUCAAAAAUGGAACCAGCAUCAUACAGGGCGCUCUGACCCAGCUGAUCCAGUACUACCACGGUUUCCACAAGGUCCUGAACCAGCCGACGUUCCGCAGCCUGGCGGUCCGCUCCGAGCUUAUCAACCUGCACCACCUCAUGGUGGAGGUCAAGAAGCACAAACCCAACUUCUGACAGGGCGGGAUGUGUUAGUGUGCUGGAAAGUCCCCCGGUAAAGAAUCUGCUUCAUAAACAAACCAGAAACAUGAGCAUGAUACGUAGAAACAUCCGGAGUCUGGAGGAGGAGUGGGUUCCCUCCAGUUUUCUCCUGCUUAUUCUGAAGAACUUGAGUCAUACUGUAAAUUUUGGAAAGCAUUAACAAAACAAGACCAGACUCUGUCUCCAUUUUCCCUCCAGAUGAAGAAGACAGUUGGUGCUGUAGCGAGUUUUUGGGGCAGUGGGACGGUGUGUGUGUGUGUGUGUG